UCCGCACUAUUAUCCAUAGGAACAAGAUUCAAAAGAGUCAAGAACAGCUGAAACAGAGAGAACACUUUGAUCGACAGCGACGGAUGAUCUUCAAUCAGAGUUCAAGGCAGGCCAUGAGCCCAUGCGGACAGACUCAAGACACAAGUUAUAUAAGUCUAGAUUAUGAUCGUGAAAGCAAUUAUGAAGCUCAGACACAACUACGCCUUUCUUUCGAGAUCAAGGAUUCUGGACCUUCAGCUCUUAAGCUCCAGGAUCAAAUGCACAACUUUGACUCAUCAUCUAAAAUGAAAGUGUUCGGUUCUGAGGAUUAUGAGAAUGCGAGACAGAUAUGCAAAGAGAUGCUUGGGUCUUCGUUCGACUGGGUCGGCAAACCAUAUCUCCUACGCACUCCCCCGACGCCACUAAUCAGAAGCCCUACACAAGGUGAACGAAGCAGCGUUGUCCAACAGCGGCAUGAUUUUCGGCCUUAUCUCAAGUAUUCUACAGAGCAAGAUAAGAAAGAGCUGCAGUUUGUAAAGCGCCAUUGCAAGAGAAGCAAAAAAGGUGAAGAACACCAGGCUGUAAAAGACUUCAUGAAUGAGGAUGAGCACGAGGACGAGCCACUGAAGAUUCCGGAGAGGCAUAUUGCCAUUUGCAAUGCUGUUCGUGAAAUGAGGCAGAGUAUCGAAGCAAAGAAGUUGCUUCAAUCAAAGGGUCAGAAAGCUUAUCCAUCCUUGAUCGGUUAUAGAAGGGGAGAUAUCAACACGCAUCUGCAAGACGAAAAUCGUGGUUCUAGACCAUGGAUCACAGAUUCGAUGGAUAACCAGGACGAUUCAAGUAAUGCUCCCUCAGAAAUGAACAUUUCUGUCGCUGGCGAAGAGAUCAAGAUCUUUGAGAAUGAGGGAAAUGGUGAUUACGAGUCGGAAGAGAUGGAAAGGACUCAUGAUACUGAGACGGUUACUGGGAACAAAUCAGAUAGCGAGAAUAAAGAAUGGAAGGGAGUCACGGAUCACGAUGAGGAGGUAGUGUCACCAAUUAUUGCAGCUGCAACUCCUGUUUUUGCUGACAGCUUGUCGCUGGAAUGGCCGCCGCCUAAUCAAGAAGCAGCAAUGAGGCUAGAUUGGCAGAAGAGAUCUAAGGCUCAAGACUCAAACCCAAGAGGAUCGCCGGAGCAGAGUCAAGCAGUAGUUAAAAGGGAUGAAGAAUCUUGCAGUUAUUCGCGAUUAAUAGCAUUCUCUCCAGUUGAUCUUUCAUCAGACCCUGAAGACGCAGCUUCAUUGGAAGUAUCUGACGGUUUAAAAGAGGAAAUUGAGGUUAGUAGUAUCGUCCACGAGGAGCGCAGACAGUGUGAAGCCGUUUCUGCUUCAGACUGGCUCCAAUCUGAAGAUUGGCUUGAAAUCGAUGGAAGUGAAACGAGUCUCUAUUUGGGUACGAAGUGAGAAACAGUGUUGGCAUCACAUUGCAGAAUAAAUAGU